AUGCCUCGAAAGCGCAUGAUGAAAAUUAAAGUCCUUUCUCGGCAACUUCGUUUGCUUGAUAAGUAUUCUACCCUUUCGCGUAUCUAUAGACAUAAAAUUAGACGGAAUCUUGAGAAAUUCAAAGGAGCAAUUCUGCCGAAGAGUCUCAUUGAAACCUAUCUCACCAGCGAUAACAUUACAUCUCAAAUUAUGGGCAGAAAUCGAGUUCUCCAAAUGUCGCUUAUGAAAACGCUCAAAUCUGUUCCACAAAGAAUUUACAGAUCUUCAAGUACAAUGAAAAAAGGUAUUCAACAAGAGAAUGGACACAAUCUACCAACUCCUGAAAUCAACAGAAAAGAUAGCUCUAGCCCGAUUAAUGCUAUUUUCGCAUCUAAUUACAACACGGAACUCAAAUCCUCGCAUCCGAAUGGGCAAAUAUCGAUCAUCAACGGAAGCUUCAACGACUCCACUCAAGUAUUAGAUCUUUCUGUGAGACCGUCAACACCUCAAAAUCAUUCAAAUUCUCACCAUAUGAUGGAAUGGUUUCGUCCUCUUGGCUCUGACUUCCUUCCACGUCAAGAUAGGUCCGAUGCGAACAUAGAUGCCAGCUUCGAUUCCACGCCUUCACCCAAUACUCAUCUUAGAAGUCGACCUAAUGAAGACUAUCUUGAGCAGUUCAUGAGAGUUGAUGAAACCCAGAACAUAAUGUGGCGACAGCUGGCCGAGAAGUUUCAAAGAAGCACCACUGCAAAUCAAUGCGGAGUCUGUCGAAAAGUUCUGAGUUGUCGAAGUGCCUUAACUAUGCAUUAUCGCGUUCAUACAGAAGAGCGGCCCUUCGUCUGCAAGAUCUGCUCAAAACGGUUUUCGACAAAGGGGAAUCUGAAGACUCAUCUAGGUCAACACCACGAGACAGUGGAAGCUUACAGAAAAGCUGCAGCUAUGGCGGCCAUUACAGGAUCAGUUAUGCCACGUCCACCAGCGCUGCCGGUCUUAUCAGCAACUGUGUCUGAAAUGGAUAGAGUGUCACCACAUUUAUCCCCUAACAACACUAACAACAACAUCUCCGAUCAGUCUACCUUCCCCAUCUUGCCCCCAGUAAUGCCCUCUAAUUCAAUGUUAGCACAAAAUCUCUUCAAUUCGCCUCUUCCUCUACCUUCUUCUUUAAUGAUGCCACCACCUUUAAACCAGCAUUCACCAGUGACAUCUUCCAGUACACCGCUAUCGCCAUCCAGUUUGCCUUUCUUCAGCCCUCAAGCUGUGCAAAGUCUGAUGAAUGGGGAGAAUAACGUGGGGUUUGGUGGGAUGGGGUCUCAAGAGUCUUCGGUUAGGACAUUUUUAAACCAUUUAGCCGCAUCUACGUCUCUGUUUUCGCCUCCUUCGUGUUUUCCCAACCUUAUGGUUCCUCCACCACCCUAA